AAAUAGUACUAGCCUUGGCCGUGAGGCUCUUUGGGAGCAGCUGCAUUUCCUUUUCCAGGAUGGAUGUUGUCCCUGCACGUGCCACCCACCCUGGGAUCUGCUUUCUCCAUGAACUCUGGCCAGACACGGCAGGCCGCAUGAGCACGCACUGCAUCUUUUUGAGCUGUUUGCUUCCCUUGCUCCCCUGGAGCUCUGUCCAUCAGCACACCAGCGACAGGGGGACCCCAGUUCCCUCUGACACUGAUGAGCCUGCUUCUUUGUCUGUCUGAUGCCUCCCUUCCUCCCCGUGGAUGACAUGGAGAACUGGAACUCGAGCGUACCUGCCAGGUUGUGACAUUUUUCUCCUGUCCCAGCUGUGUGGACAGUGCCACACGCCCUCUGAACAACAACGGCUCUUGCGUGUAUAUUCCAGUGUUUCUUCUGUCAGAGAGCCCAGCAGAGCCCCAGUUCUUCCAGUGCCAGCCCUGAGCUGAGCGAGGAGUGCCCAGCAGAGAUGGUGAAGAUGACAAAAUCCAAAACUUUCCAAGCUUAUUUGCCAAACUGCCACCGAACAUACAGCUGUGUCCAUUGCAGAGCCCACCUGGCCAAUCAUGAUGAGCUGAUCUCCAAGUCCUUUCAGGGAAGUCAGGGACGCGCCUACCUCUUCAAUUCUGUGGUGAAUGUAGGCUGUGGCCCCGCGGAAGAGAGAGUCCUUCUCACUGGCCUACACGCUGUCGCAGACAUCUAUUGUGAAAACUGCAAAACCACGCUCGGGUGGAAAUAUGAACAUGCCUUUGAGAGCAGUCAGAAAUAUAAGGAAGGAAAAUUUAUUAUUGAGCUUGCCCACAUGAUCAAAGACAAUGGUUGGGAGUAAAGUGAAGACUUUCUGUUCUCUUUUGAAUACUGUUUUAUGAGACUGUAAUGUAAUGGAAACAUAGGAGCAUCCUGGAUGACAAUAUUUCUUGAACCUUGCAGGCCGGCCUCUCCUUGCUGUUCCUGUGGGUAAGGCUCCAUCCGGUCUAUAUCCUCUUCACAUAUGUGGUCAUUUCUGAAAUGUUUCGAUGACCUUUUCCUAACGUCUCAAGUUCUAGAGAAAGAAUUAACCAACUGAUGACUUAUCCGUCUAGUUAAUACCUUCUUUAACCUCUGCCUUUAAGAUAAAGUUGGGCUGUGCUCUUUCAUCUUUCAUGUUUGAUGGAAACCAAACCGAAUCUCUACAGACCGCAGGGACAGGGUCUCCUUAGAGAACAGCUUCACCCCUGUCAUUUAGAGUGAAGGUAUUGUAGCCUACUUUUUACUUAAUUUGCAAAAUUACAAAUUGAUUAUUCCUCUUGCAAAUGAGCUGUUAAGUCAUAGUGCUCAUUUUGCUUCUUGAUAAGCGAUCAACAACAAAUCUAUACACCAAGGGUGUUUUUUUAGUCAUGUUCAAAAACAGAGGACACCACUGAUAAUAUUUUAGAUAAGCUGUAAAUAAAGAAAAUGUGUCUAAUGGA